ACUAAACUAGCUCAUGCGUGCGACAUCACCGCAGUGGGAUAUGCCCUCAACAGAAAUUUUAAAUGUUUUAUAGGGCUUUUAAACCAAAUUGCUCUGCAGUAAAUGCGAGUUGAAAUGGAUGUUCCUAGGGGAUUUGUUGCGCUAUUCAUAUUUUUGGUGAACUUGCGUCAGCUAAAUUGCAUUUUUAGAGAAGGAAAGAAUUGUUCAGCACAGGCGAUUAUAACUUGUGAUCAAGUAAUCGUGAUCAAAAUAUCCAGAGAAAAAUUGUGCGCAGGCUAUAGCAAACCAACUACAUCAGCAACCGCAACAGCAGCAGCAACGUCAACAGCAGCGCCAACGACAAUUGCUGAGCAAGCGACGUCAGUCAAAGGAGCAGUGAAGGAUAGUAAUUUGGACACAAAAUGGCGUGUGGAUGCUGCGACCCGCCACAGCCUUGUUGCGGCUGCUGGGGAUACAGGACGGGGAGUGUUUUGGCUUCCAUUUGGACCGGGAUAUGGAGCGCCUUGUUAUUAGCAGCGUGCAUAGUGACGAUUGCUUUGUGGCCCACCACAGUGUUACAGGUCCUCUUAGACUGGGUGUUCAUAGCGAUAUGUAUCAUGUUGGUCAUCUCGGCCGUUUGGCUUAUCACAGCUGUCAUCCUUUUGGUUGGAGUAUUGACGAAAGUCUCUUGCCUGUUUUUCCCCUGGCUGUUGAUGACGGUAAUUGCAUGUCUAAUGCAUUUUGUGGUGGUGUUUGCCCUUCUCUAUCCACUAAGCAUCAGUUGGUAUGUUGGCAUCAUUCUGGCAGUGGUGUUUGGUGUAGUUUUAGGCAUAACUAUCCACUCCUAUGUGAUAGUGGUCAGCUACAUGAGAUCUCUGGACACUGGGGAUGAGGACCUCAUGGCCUGGCACACAUGGCCAAGAAAGAAAAAAAAGACGAUAUACACAGAAACCCUCCAACGACCAGCAGACGACAAAGAAUCUAUCUACGCCCCGAGCCACUACUCCUACAACACCGCAGGACCUACCGCCAGAAUGCUCGAGGAGGUCCUGUACCCACCAGUCAACGAUCCACACGCCGUCUACAAUCUCUCAAUAAGACCGAGCCACGUCAUGAGCCCGAGCAAACGAGAUUCUCGCGAAGUUAUCGUGGGGCGGAACGUGGUUGCCGACAGUUCGUCCACGAUGGCUGCAAGCAAAAGAAGCCCCCACCACGACGUGGAUCUCGUCCGAGCGACAAGCACCUCUCAUGUUGCUUUGUACCCCGCUGGGAGUAUUGCAGCGAACCUCGAUCGCGACCAGGAUAGGGAAGUUUUGGUUGCCAGGAGCGUAUACGACGAGCCAUUGAGUGUCCCGCAAACGAGGGUAGUGAGCGGAAUGACCUCGCCGAGUAGCGCCCAUAGCUCGCAAACCAGACAGUCGGCUGAACGUGACGAGGUGUUUUUUCCACCCGGACACGAUCCGCAACAGACACGGUUCUAAAGAGAUAACAUUUGUUUGUUGAUUUUUGGGGUGAUUGUAUCUAUUGAGGUGUUUUUUUCGGGACUUGUUAGGGGAUUCUUUGCUCCAAUCGGAAGUUAGAACCGUAGCUUUGUCAGGUCACUGGAACUGAAAAAAAAAAAAAAAA